AUGCCGAAAGUCAUUGAAUUGACGAUUGAAAUAGAUGUUCAAAAGGUCUCAUGUCCAGGUGUAUGGCUGUGUCAAGAUGGCAGGGUAUCUCUUACUGUAUUUGCACUUGGCACCACUUAUCAAACCUGCUUGCUACCUCCAGUUUUUCCACUGUUGUUCCGAGAUGUCUUCUACUUCCGCAAGAGGUUUCAAGAGAGUUGUGCCUUAAGCAAUAUGUGCUGUUUAUUGAAAGAUGAAACAAUAUACUGCGAGUUAGUUCAAUGGUGUGAUGAUUGUGCUAGAAGCGAGUGUGUCAUUCUAGCUCAAUAUCUGGGCUCCUUGAAUGAUGUUCUCUUCCCACCUAAUGUGUGUUCAACGGAUGGAGUUGAUCUGCUCAUGCGCAGGUCUAAAGACUUUCCUGGCAUUCUAUCACCAAAAAUAGAGAUUGCAACGAAGGUGCGUAUAGAUGAAAUAUGGAGUCAGGGUUGUGGCAUCUUUAAUAAAGUCAAGGCGUGCCAUUGCAGCCCACCAGAUCCGGAGGCGAGACAAAAGCAAGUCUGUCACUCAGCACAAUAUCAUAGGAGUAAGUGCAAUCAAUCAAAACGGAUGCCGUCCAGAUCUAGGUCACGAUCGCGCACUCGGUCUGAAGCAUCGAAGUCUUGUUGUAGCUUGGUAGUAGAUCCAGCUACUCAUGCAUCAUGUCGUUGCCCAAAAUCAAGCACAGAUUCCGAAGCUGCAACAAUAGAAAAAGAGGAGAGAAUUCAGAAACUUCUACUCGAAAGCAGAUAUAUUGACUGCGACAGAGCCACCAGCAAUUCCGAUAAAAUGAAAUGCAACUAUAAAAUCUCACCUUGUCUCUGCGGAAUCUGUAAACGGUAUCAUGAAUUAUUUCAUAGCUAA